CGCAAUAUGACUGAAGUACCGUUAUUCCCUGGAUCUGUGCGCGUACGCUCAGUGCGUUCUAACUUUGGAUAAACUCAUUGCGCAUCUCCAAGGAUCUGGGAACUUUUAUUUUGGCUUUGUGUCACAUUGCCAAGAAGAAAGGAAAAAAAAGGCAAACUGAAAAGCUGAAAUAAAACUUUCCUGAUCUGCAGGGAUCAUUUUCCCCAUCCAGAGGAUUUUGUUGCAGCUGGAUGAAAUAACACUUGUGGAGCACUUUUGGGACACCUCAGUGCGGAUAGAGGGGAAGAGCUGCUGCUGCUUUUCUCAUUGAAACCCUUUAGUGGAAUACAAUGCUGCGGAGGCUCCAACUUUAGGAAAGUUGAUGCAUCAUCGGCAUGGACUCUGUCUGAGAAAGGUGGACAGGUUGACUGACCAUGGCGCUCACAGUUAGAGGCUUUGGCCGGUUUCAUUUGAUUCUGCUGAUGCUGUGGACUCUGCAGCGCAGCCGCGCAUCCAGCCAAGUCCGUCAGGAGUUCCGCGUCCCGGAGGAGCAGCCCGUGGGAACCUAUGUGGGCACCAUAGAAACCAAACCCAGCUUCACCUACCGCUUCAGUGAGAACCACAAACUUUUCGCCAUCAACGGCACCACGGGAGUCAUAACAACAUCAUCGGUGAUUGACAGAGAAGUUCUGCAAAGUGAUGUUAUCAACGUGGUGGUGCUGUCCAGCCAGCCCACCUACCCCACAGAGGUCCGAAUCGUGGUUUUGGAUAUUAAUGACAACUCUCCGGUGUUUCCAGACGCGUCUAUAGUCGUGUCCUUUAAGGAGGACGCCAGCAGUGGGAGACAAGUGAUCCUGGACACUGCCACGGAUUCUGACAUUGGAAGCAACGGAGUUGAUCACAACACUUACAGGAUAGUGAAGGGCAACGAGCAGAGCAGGUUCGAGCUGGGCAUUACAGUCAAUCCCAGCGGGGAGGGAGCAUUCCUGCACCUCGUUUCAACCAGAGGUCUGGACAGAGAAGCGACUCCCUUCUACCAGCUCCUGAUCCAAGUGGAGGACAAAGGAGAGCCGAAAAAGUUUGGUUACCUGCAAGUAAACGUCACCAUUCAGGAUGUUAAUGACAACCCCCCUGUUUUUGAGCAAGAUCAGUACCAGACCAGCGUGUUUGAGGAUGCUGCUGUAGGCUCCAGCAUCCUGCAGAUCACAGCAUCAGAUCAGGAUGAGGGAGCCAAUGCUGAAAUCAGGUACUUUUUAGAUGAGGGGACACCCUUCCAAAUUGAUCCUAAAUUAGGAACAAUUAUUAUUAAAGAAGGUUUGGACUAUGAGAGUAAGAAAGAGUACUCUUUGACCAUUCAUGCUGUAGAUAAUGGCGUUCCUGCUCUGUCAGGUCGGACAGAAGCCACCAUUAAACUUUUAGAUGUUAACGAUAACGACCCCGUUGUGAAGUUCAGGUAUUUUCCCACCACUUCUAAAUUUGCUUCUGUUGAUGAAAAUGCUCAGAUUGGGACAGUUGUAGCCCUGCUCACAGUUUCAGACUCAGACUCAUCCACAGCUAAUGGCAACAUAUCUGUUUCAAUCUUAGGUGGCAACGAGCAGAGACACUUUGAAGUGCACACCUCUCCUGUGCCUAAUUUAAGUCUGAUUAAAGUGGCAAGUGUGUUAGACAGAGAAAGGAUUUCCUCAUACAAUCUGACUGUUUCGGUUUCAGACAAUGGCAAACCUAUGGCCAGAUCCUCCUUUGCCAGUCUGGUUAUUUUUGUAAAUGAUAUCAAUGAUCACCCUCCAAUAUUUCAGGAAACACUGUACAGAGUAGACAUCAGUGAAGACACCCCCAAAGGCAGCUACAUUAAAGGGGUUUCUGCAACAGAUGGUGAUUCUGGGCAGAAUGCCAACCUGAGAUACUCCCUGGUUUCUGGAAACGCUUUGGGCUGGUUUUCCAUUAGUGAAAACAGUGGCCUGGUUACCAGCGCUGCUCUGCUGGAUAGGGAAAUUGCAUCUGAAGUUGUCCUCAACAUUAGUGCCAAAGACCAGGGGCUGCAGCCUAAGAUUUCCUACACUAAACUGAUAGUCAACAUCACAGACGUGAAUGACCAAGUGCCUACAUUUACCCAGAGCACAUAUCAUGUUUCCCUGGUGGAGCAUGCUCCCGCUGGUUCUGAGCUGGUGCUUCUGUCAGCAUCAGAUGAUGACCUUGGGGCAAAUGCAACUAUCCGAUUCUCAUUUGAUGCAGAGACACCUGCUAACAUCCAGGAAGUGUUUCGUCUGGAUGCUGUGUCGGGCCGAUUAAGCACAGCCAUGGAGGUGGACAGGGAGGAUCAGGCCUCAUAUUUGCUCUGCAUCCGUGCAGCAGACGGAGGCAGCCCCCCUUUGCACUCUGUGGGAAAUGUAAACAUCACAAUUUUGGAUAUAAAUGACAACAGGCCAGUGUUUUACCCUGUACAGUAUUUUGCAAAUGUGAAAGAAAAUGAGCCUUCAGGUUCCUAUGUGACAACCGUUUCUGCCACAGAUCCUGAUUUAGGACGAAACGGAACUGUUAAAUAUAUAAUUACAGAGGGAGACACUUCCAAAUUUCGUAUUAACAGCAAUACAGGGAAAAUCACAACCCUAGUACCCCUGGAUAGAGAAGAGAAGACUGCCUACCAGCUGCAGGUGACAGCAGCUGAUGGCGGAAACCUGCGCUCAAAAACCCAGGCCAUUGUGACUGUAACUGUAAUAGACACACAGGAUAAUCCACCUGUCUUCAACCAGAGGGUGUACAGCUUUGUGAUGUUUGAAAAUGUGGCUCUUGGGUCAGUCAUAGGCACUGUGUCGGCAACCACGCUGGAUUUGAACACAAACAUUUCCUACCUGAUCACCUCAGGGGAUCAGAGGGGGGUUUUUGCUGUAAACACCGCAGGUCAGAUCACAGCAGCGAGUCAGAUAGACAGAGAGGAGCAAGGAUUUUAUCAGCUUAAGGUUGUAGCCAGAGCUGGGGAGAUCACAGGAGAGGCCUUUGUGAAUAUAACUGUGAAGGACUUAAAUGAUAAUGCUCCUCAUUUUAUUCACAAUAUGGAGCAUGUCAGCGCUGUGGAAAACUGGAGGACAGGACAUGUUAUAUUCCAGGCGAAGGCCUCAGAUCCUGACGAAGGUCCGAAUGGCAUGGUGAUUUACAGCCUUAAAGAGAACCCAAAAGGCCUGUUUCACAUCCAUGAGCGGCAUGGUCUGAUCACACUGACCGGCCCCCUGGAAGUAACAACAAGCUCCUAUGAAAUCGAAGUCCUGGCUGCAGACAUGGGGGUUCCUCGCCUCACCUCCAGCCUAAUCCUGAUCAUCAGUGUUUACGAUGUGAACGACAACUUGCCCGUCUUUGAUCAGCUCUCAUAUGAGGCUGUCAUUUUUGAGUCUGAACCUGUCAACAGUAGGUUCUUUAAAGUGGAGGCCACCGAUAAAGACUCUGGUCUAAAUGGGGAGAUUAUGUAUGACAUCAUCACCGGUAACAUUGGUGAUGUGUUUGGUAUUUUUCCAGAUGGGCAGCUAUACAUUAAAACUGAGCUGGACAGAGAAAUUCAAGACAGAUAUAACUUGGUGGUUGUUGCCAAAGACAGGGCUGUAGAACCGCUAAGCUCCUCAGUGAACGUCACUGUGAUCCUGGACGAUGUGAACGACAAUCGUCCUCUGUUUAACAGCACUAAUUAUGUGUUUCAUUUUGAGGAGGAGCAGAAGAGAGGAUCAGUUGUUGGGCAGGUUUUUGCUGAGGAUAAGGACUUUGGUCCCAACAGUGAGAUUAGAUACAUAUUUGAGACCCCACAGCCCAACUUUGAGCUGAAUGCCAUUACCGGAGAGCUGACCAGCACUCUGCAGCUGGACCGUGAAUCACUAAUGAGACAAAGGGGGGCCGCAGUGUUCAGCUUUGUAGUUGUCUCAUCAGAUCAGGGUCUCCCUAAACCCCUAAAAGACCAGGCUAAAGUUCAGGUUUACAUUCAAGACAUCAAUGACAAUCCACCAAAAUUCACCAAAGACAUUUACCAGGCCUCCAUCUCUGAGUCGGCUCAAAACAUGACUCAGCUGCUGCGUGUCUCUGCUUCAGAUGUGGAUAUAAACAAAAAUGGACUUGUUCAUUAUUACAUCUCUGAGGGCAACGAGGAAGGCCAGUUCAUGAUAGAUGACAACUCUGGACAGUUGACUUUAGUCGGAAAGCUUGACUAUGAAACCACUUCUUCUUACUCUCUGAAAAUCAUAGCUGCUGAUGCUGGAACAAUUCCAUUGUCCUCCUCUUGUCUGCUGAGCAUUAGUGUCCUGGAUGAAAAUGAUAACUCCCCUUCCUUUCCUAAAACCUCUCUUUUUGUGGAUGUGUUGGAGAACAUGAGGAUUGGGGAACUGGUGGCUUCUGUAACAGCUACGGAUGCAGAUUCAGCUCAAAAUGCAGAUAUAACAUACAGCAUCACAGCCACAAACAAUCAUGGCACUUUCAGCAUCAGCCCAAACACCGGCAGCAUUUUUCUGGUUAAAAAGUUGGACUUUGAAACACAAUCAGUUUAUAAACUUAAUAUCUCUGCAAAGGACAACGGCAGACCAUCCAGAUCCUCAUCCAUACCUGUGAUCAUUCAUGUCCGUGAUUUUAAUGACAAUCCUCCAGUGUUUGCACCCGGAGACAUUUUUAAAUCCAUCCCUGAAAAUCUUCCUCUCUCAGCCUCUGUUAUGACCAUUACAGCUCAUGACACAGAUGCAGACAUUAAUGGGCAGCUGGAAUACUCGAUUGUCCAGCAGAUUCCUCGAGGGAACCACUUUAGCAUAGAUGCAACCUCUGGUCUCAUUUACACUAACAAGGAAAUUGACAGGGAGUUCUCCAAUCUGUUUGAGCUAACCAUCAAAGCUACUGAUCAGGCUGUUCCAGCUGAAUUCCGGCGAUUCGCCUUGAAAAAUGUUACAAUAUGGGUCACAGACCUAAACGACAACGUUCCAACUUUUGUGUCCCAGAAUGCUCUUGUUGCCGAGCCAAACAUUGUUAUCGGGUCCAUCCUAACAACGGUGAUGGCCCUUGACCCUGAUGAUGGUGAAAACGGGGAAGUGGAGUAUGAGCUUUUGGAAGGAGAUGCAGACACCUUUGUUAUGGACAGGUACAGUGGGGAUAUUCGCCUGGCUUCCCAGCUUGUACCGUCUCGACUCAUGUACACUCUGACAGUGUCAGCAACAGACCAUGGUUCUGACCCUAAGACUUCCAGAACUGAGCUAACCAUCAUCCUUCAAGGGAUGGACGGACCCGUUUUCUCUCAGCCCAAAUACAUAACCAUCCUUAAAGAAGGUCAACCACCAGGCACUAAUGUCAUCUCCCUGGAUGCCUCAAGUCCAAGGGGCUCUUCAUCAAGAGUGGAGUAUUUCAUUGUUGCAGUACGCAGUGGCGGAAAAGCUGUGGGACGCCUUUUCACUAUCGGACGCCACACUGGAGUGAUACAGACAGCUGCGGAGCUGGACAGAGAACAAGGGUCUGAUCUGUAUCUGGUGGACGUGUACGCCAUCGAGACAGAUGCCAGCCAACCCAGAACACAGCGAGCUGAGGUGGAAAUCACUCUGCAGGACAUCAAUGACAACCCACCUGUUUUUCCUAAUGAUAUUCUUGAUGUGACCAUUGAAGAGAAUGUCGGCGAUGGCUUCAAGAUAAUGCAGCUAACAGCCACAGAUGCAGAUGAGGGUCCCAAUGCUUUAGUGACUUACACCAUCAUUAGUGGAGCCGAUGACAGCUUUCGCAUCGACCCUGAAUCCGGUGACCUGAUCGCCACCAAGAAGUUGGACCGAGAACGCAGGUCAAAAUAUUCCCUCCUGGUGCGAGCAGACGAUGGAAAGCAGUCCUCAGACAUGAGGCUGAACAUCACUGUCCAAGACGUCAACGACCACACGCCCAAGUUCUCCCGUGCGACGUAUUCAUUUGACAUCCCAGAGGACACGGCGCCAGGCUCCAUUGUGGCGGCGAUCCUGGCUAGCGACUCUGACUCAGGGUUGAACGGGGAGAUCACAUACUUGCUGGAGGAGGACGAUGAAGAUGGGACCUUCCUCCUCAACCCAGUGACGGGGGUCUUCAAUGUGACGCGUCCAUUAGACUACGAAGCCCAGCAGUAUUACAUUAUUACUGUGAGAGCCGAGGAUGGCGGCGGGCAGGCCAGCACGGUCCGGGUAUAUUUCAACGUGCUGGAUGUGAACGAUAACUCCCCAGUCUUCGACACGACGGUGUACAGCGCCUCUGUCUCCGAGAGUCUGCCGCCUGGAUCCAGUAUCGUCACCGUUACGGCCAGUGAUGCUGAUGAUGGUCCAAAUGCCCAGCUUCUUUACAAAAUUUCAUCUGGUGAUCCUCAUGGCCACUUUUUCAUCUCCAAGGAAGGUGUUCUCAAAACAAAGAAGGCACUUGACCGGGAAACCCAGUCCUUCUACAACCUGGUGAUCACUGUCAAUGACCUGGCACUGCCUCCCGCCUCUCGCUUCACCAGUACCGCCCAGGUGUCAGUCAUCCUCCUUGACGUCAACGACUGUCCUCCCAAUUUCACCUCCCAGAAGAUGACUUACAUUCAGGAGAACACGCCGGUGGACACUGUGGUGUUUACCGCCCAGGCCACAGAUGCUGACAGCGGACCAAACAGCUAUGUGCAGUACUCCCUCAGCGGACCUUUUCGUAACAAGUUUAGCAUUGGCAUGAUCGACGGAGGCGUCAGGUUGGUUGGAGAGCUAGACAGAGAAGAACUUUCCAACUAUACACUCACGAUUGUCGCCACAGAUAAAGGUGAGCCCCCUCUCUCCUCCACCAUGGAUGUGAUUAUGAUGGUUCUGGAUGUCAACGACAACACACCAAGCUUCUCCCAGAACAUCUACGACAUUGAGAUCGAGGAGAACAUCUUGACUGGCACUGAUGUCAUCCAGGUCUUUGCCACUGAUGCAGAUGAGGGCACAAAUGGGCAGAUCCGGUUCUCUAUCGCCAGCGGGAACACCAACAAUGAUUUUCGGAUCGAUUCGGUCACAGGGGUGAUUUCAGUAGCCAGACAGCUUGACCGUGAAGCACAUUCGUCCUAUUCACUGGUGGUCCAGGCUUCAGACCGUGGAAGUAGCCCCAGAGUGGACCGCACAACCGUCAACAUCAUUUUAUUGGAUAUUAAUGACUGUCCACCAGUGUUUGAGCUCUCUCCGUACACCAUCAACGUCAAAGAGAACCUUGAGAACUUACCAAAAAACAUCCUGCAGGUUGUUGCCAGAGAUGACGACCAAGGCGCCAACGGACAGCUGAGCUACAUGCUUAGUGGUGGGAACGAUGAAAGAGCGUUCACUCUGUCAUCCAGCGGUCAGCUGAGUGUCACACAGACUCUGGACCGGGAGACUAAGGAAAAAUACAUCCUGCUUAUAACAGCUACUGACUCAGGUUCUCCAUCCCUCAGUGGUACGGGCACGGUAACUGUUCUGGUGGACGAUGUUAACGACAACAUUCCUCUUUUUACCGCUUCCACUUUUCACACAACUAUCAAGGAGGAUGCCCCGACAGGAACGGACGUGCUUCUGGUCAACAGCUCAGACGCAGAUGUGGGCAAAAACGGCGUUAUAAGCUACAGUCUUAGCGGGGGACACGGCCAGUUCUCUAUCAACCCUGCAACAGGACAGAUUAUUACUAGCUCCCUCCUGGACCGAGAGGAGAGGGCCAAUUACCAGCUGCUGGUAGUUGCAACAGAUGGAGGGCAGCCGGAGGGCUUGUCCAGCUCUGCAACUGUAUCUGUGACGGUGGCCGACAUCAAUGACAACCCUCCACGUUUCCAUCAUCACCCCUAUGUGACCCACAUCCCUACCUCCACCACAACAGGCUCCCUGGUUUUUGCUGUCACUGUCACAGAUGAGGACGCAGGCUCUAAUGCCCAGCUACACUACUCCCUGAUGGGUCGAAACUCUGAGAAAUUUAAGAUUGACCCAGUAAGAGGUGCCAUCACUGCCAAUGAGAGGCUGUCUGGCAGUUCAGAGGUUACCCUGACAGUUCGCGUAAAGGACGGUGGAGCUAACCCAAGAAUGGAUUCGACCACCGUGACAGUGAGAUUUGUCACUGGAGGAAGCUUCCCCGUAAUAAAGCUAAAGGAACGGGCAUUUACCUUUCUGGAGAAUCAGCCAAUAAACCACAUUGUUACAACAGUAACAGGCUCCUCUAUGAGAGGUGGACCACUGUCAUAUUACAUAGCAAGUGGCAAUAUUGAUAAUGCUUUUCACAUAGAUCAGCUUUCAGGGGAGUUAUCGAUUAGACAUCCACUUGAUUAUGAGCAGAUUUCCAAGUACGUUCUGUGGAUUGAGGCCCGAGAUCAAGGUUUCCCCCCUUACUCUUCCUAUGAGAAAUUAGAGAUAACAGUUCUGGAUGUAAAUGACAACCAUCCGGUGUUUGGCAACGACCCAUUUCACGCUGAAAUACUAGAAAACCUUUCACCCCAGAGUGUCCUUAUGGUCACAGCUGUUGAUCUGGACAGUGGUGCCAGUGGACAGCUAGAGUAUGCCAUUUCUGAGGGCAACAAGGAGAACAGUUUCAGCAUCAACCGUGCCACUGGUGAGAUAAGAUCCACCAGGCCGCUGGACCGAGAGAAAGUGCCACUUUACACACUAAAAGUGAAAGCCACAGAUCGAGGUUCACCACCAAAAAGCACGGCAGUUAAGGUUCUAAUUACUGUGCUUGAUGUGAACGAUAAUGCUCCCAGGUUUUCAAAAAUAUUUAGUGCAACAGUGGCUGAAAAUGCACCUGUUGGCUACACCGUUACCAGAGUUACCACAACGGAUGAGGACGCUGGUUCAAACGCAGUGAGCCGCUACUCUGUGACAGAUAAUAGCCUUCCAUUUAAUAUUAAUCCAAACACAGGGGAUAUAACUAUCAGCAGGCCACUUAAUAGAGAAGACACUGAUCACUACAACGUUAAAGUGUCUGCUCAUGACUCUGGCUGGACAGUAAGCACAGACGUAACAAUUUUCAUUACAGAUAUAAAUGACAAUGCGCCAAGAUUUAGCCGACCGUCUUAUUACCUGGACUACCCUGAACUCACAGAGGUGGGUUCAUUAGUCACGCAGGUCUCAGCCACAGAUCCAGAUGAGAGUGUUAAUGGCAAAAUUUUUUACUUCAUCCGAUCCCAGUCAGAGUAUUUCAGAAUCAAUGCCAGCUCUGGAGAGGUGUUCAUUAAGCAACAGUUGAAAUAUCAGAACUCAACUGGUCCUGGUAGUCUGAAUAUAAACAGGCAUAGCUUUAUUGUGACAGCCUCAGACAGAGCGGUGAAGCCUUUAAUGAGUGAAACAACAGUGAUUGUAAACAUUGUAGACAGUAAUGACAAUCCUCCUGAGUUCGAUUCCACCAGUUACUUCACCCCUGUAACUAAAAGUGUCAAAGUGGGCACCAGACUGAUGAAAAUCACAGCCUAUGACAGGAAAGAUUUUGGCCUUAAUUCUGAGGUUGAGUACCUUAUAACAGGAGGAAAUAGUUCAAGUAAAUUCAAACUAGACAAAAUCAGUGGGUGGGUAACAGUCGCUUCUUCCCUCACGUCAGAUAUAAAUAAGAUUUUCCUUAUUGACAUCACUGCAAGGGACAAAGGAAACCCUCCACUGUCUGCACAAACGACAGCAAGGAUUAUAGUGACAGAAGAAAAUCAUCACACACCAGAGUUCUCACAAAGUCAAAUAUCAGCCACAGUACCUGAAAGCCUUGCUGUGGGAACAGCAAUAAGAACUCUGUCUGCAAGAGACAAAGAUAAAGAAAUGAAUGGCCUAAUCACUUACAGUAUAACCUCUGGUAACGAUGAGGAGUAUUUUGCACUAAACAGUAAAACAGGUGUGUUAUCCUUAGCUCGUCCUUUGGACUAUGAAAAACAACAACAGUAUGAACUAAGAGUUUCUGCUUCUGAUGGUGGCUGGAUUUCCAAAACAAGUUAUGUCUCAGUCACUGUUCAAGUGACUGAUGUGAACGACAACCCUCCUGUUUUUGAUCCUGAUGAGUACUUCCCCUAUGUGCAAGAGAAUGUUCCCAGUGGCACCACGGUGCUCAAAAUGAAUGCUACAGACAGAGAUUCAGGAUUGAAUGCUGUCAUUGCAUAUGUAAUUCAGUCAUCAGACAGUGACUUGUUUGUUAUUGAUCCUAAUACCGGCACCAUCACAACCCAGGGCUUCUUGGACUAUGAGGCAAAGCAGAUCUACCAUUUAACAGUGAAGGCUUUCAACAUCCCAGAUGAGGAGCGUUGCAGCUUCGCCAACAUAAAUAUUCAGCUAAAGGGAGCCAACGAAUAUGUUCCUCGCUUCGUCUCGAAACAGUACUACUUUGAGAUCUCAGAAGCUGCUCCAAGAGGUACAGUUGUCGGAGAAGUGUUCGCCAGUGAUCGGGAUCAGGGAGCGGAUGGAGUGGUUUACUAUCUCAUUUUUGGAAAGAGCAGAAAGAAAGGCUUUGGUAUCAACAGGAUGACUGGUCAGAUUUAUGUCACAGGUACUUUAGACCGUGAGAAAGAAGAGAAAGUUUCUCUAAAGGUUUUGGCGAAAAAUGCUGGAAGUAUCCAUGGUGCAGAUAUUGAUGAGGUUUUUGUGAACAUCACUAUACUUGAUGCCAAUGAUCCACCUGUUUUUACUCAAGAUUUGUAUGAUGUGCAAGUGAGUGAAGGUCUAUCCCCUGGGGGGCUUGUCACUUUUGUAAGUGCUGAGGAUUCAGACUCAGUCCCCAGUUGGAGCAGGUUUUCUUACUCCAUCGCUCCUGAAUUUAAUACAAAUGUCUUCACAAUAAAUCCAAAAACAGGCCAGGUGUCUGUGGCUGCACAGCUAGACAGAGAGACAACUCCUAUUUAUAAUCUGACAGUUCUGGCAAUCGAUACAGGCACUCCCCCUGCCACCGGUAGCACCAUCAUCAUUGUGAAUCUGGAAGACAUCAAUGACAACGGCCCAACAUUGACAACCACCUAUGCUGAGGUGAUGGAAAACCAGAGAGCAGGCUCUUCAGUUACAACCUUGACAGCAUCAGACCCAGAUCUUCCCCCUAACCAGGGCCCUUUUCUGUUCAGUCUUUUGAAUUCUGGCUCUGCCAACAGCUACUUCAGGCUCAGCUCUACUGGUAUCCUAACGACCAGCCGUGAGAUUGACAGAGAGCAGAUUAGUGACUUCUACCUCUACGUGGUUAUCAAGGAUUCUGGUGUGCCUCAGAUGUCCUCUACUGGAACAGUUCACGUCAAGAUAAAUGAUCAGAAUGACAACCCUUCAGAGACCCGGUCCAUGGACAUCUAUGUCUACUACUUUGGAAACACCUUUGCUGGAGGUUCUUUGGGAGAUGUCAGACCACAAGAUCCUGACAUCCAUGAUCGGUUCCACUGCUCCCUUAUCCCUCCAUCUUCAGGUCUGUUCACUAUCCCUACAGGGACAUGCAACCUUAAAUCUAAAGCUCGCUCAACGGAUGGAUCAUUUGAACUAGCCAUUCGUAGCAGUGAUGGUGUCCAUGGAUCAGUCAGUAACACAGCCAAAGUUUUCUUCAUGGGGUUCAACAAUGCCACUGUGGACAACAGCAUUCUCAUCAGACUGCACUCUGAUGGAGUCAAAAGCUUUCUCACAAAUCACUACCUCAGCUUCUUACGCAUUGCCAACUCUCAGCUAGCAGGACUAGGUACAGGGGUGUUGCUUUAUGGAGCAUUUGAGCUCAACAACCAGACUUUUCUGAUGGCAGCUGUGAAACGGGGCCAUGGACAAUAUGUGAACCCCAGCGGCGUGGCCACAUUCUUCCAGAGUAUCAAAGACAUUUUAUACAGACAGAGUGGGGUGCAAAUAGAUGCAGUAGACCAUGAUCCAUGCACACAUAACCCAUGCCAGAACGGGGGCAGCUGCAAACGGCGUCUUAGUGUCGGGCCUGAUAUGAAGACAGAGGAAAGUGUCCCUGUGAUCCUGGUUUCCAACCACCCUCUGCAGCCAUAUGCCUGCAGCUGCAGGCCGGGAUAUGCAGGAGCCUUGUGUGAGAUGGACAUCGACGAGUGCCAGCCUUCGCCUUGCCACAAUGGUGGCACCUGCCACAAUCUUGUGGGGGGGUUUUCCUGCACCUGUCCUGAGGGCUUCACUGGGAUGGCCUGUGAGAGAGAUGUCAACGAAUGCCUUUCCAAUCCCUGCAAGAAUGGGGCUCUCUGCCAAAACUUCCCCGGGGGCUUCAAUUGUCUCUGCAAAUCCGGGUUUGCAGGCAAAACGUGCGAUUCCAUCAUCAAUCACUGUGAGUGUAACCCUUGUUUUAAUGGCGGCUCCUGUCAGAAUCGGUUGGAUGGAUAUUACUGUCACUGUCCGUUCGGGGUUUUUGGUAAACACUGCGAACUGAACAGCUAUGGUUUUGAGGAGCUCUCCUACAUGGAGUUUCCAUCUCUGGAUCCCAACAAUAACUACAUCUACAUCAAGUUUGCCACCCUGAUGAGCAACGCUCUGCUGAUGUACAACCACGACAAUCAAACAGGCGACAAGGCGGAAUUCUUGGCUUUGGAGAUCUUUGAGGGCAAGAUGCGUUUUUCCUUUAACCUGGGCAGUGGGACCUACAAACUGAUGACCAUGAUCAAAGUUUCAGAUGGCCAGUUCCACACAGUUAUCGCCAGGAGAGCUGGGAUGGCAGCCUCCCUUACCGUGGAUCUGUGUGGUGAGGACCAGGAACCAGGGUACUGCGCUGUUAGCAACGUGGCUGUACACACCGACUGGAUCCUGGAUGUGCACCCUAACCGGCUCUCGGUCGGCGGCGUCAGGUCGAUAGAACCCGUCCUUCACCGCCGUGGUCAGAUCGCCACCCACGACUUUGUGGGCUGCAUCAUGGAGCUCGCCGUCAACGGACGUCCACUGGAGCCCAGUCAGGCAUUGGCAUCGCGUGGCAUCCUUGACAGAUGCCCAAGACUGGAAGGAGCCUGCACUGCCAGCCCCUGCAGACACGGUGGAACCUGUUUGGACCACUGGUCUUGGCAGCAGUGUCAGUGUGUGGACGGCUUUACCGGGAAAUUCUGUGACAAAUACAUGACAGCAGACACUGCCCUGUCACUGGAUGGUACCGGCCGCCUUGACUACGCUCUGAAACAGGGCCCUAAACGUGAUGUCCUGCUAAGGCACGCGCUGCAGGGUGGGGCAUCUGAUGCAACCGGUCCAAGCAGCCUGGAGGUCAAGUUCAGGACGCGAAGCAAGAGCGGCACACUGCUGCACAUUCAGGAAAGCAGCAACUACACAACUGUUAAGUUGAGGAAUGGCAACAUCAAUUACAUCUCGGAUGCAGGUGUUGGUGGAAAGGUGGAGCGAUCUCUAGGAGACUCUGUACUGUCAGACGGCCAGUGGCACAUCCUCUGGAUGUUUAAGAAUGGCUCAUCGACUGUCCUCCAGGUGGACAGUGGACUCCCCCGACUCAUCCAACAUGCCACCCAAGACUUCGGAGGUCUAGGUGUUCUGACAUUCUCACUGGGUGGAAUCCCAACUGGGUCAGCACAACAGAAAACCGGAGCAGGUUUUGAUGGCUGCUUGGCAUACGUCAAGUACAAUGGGGAAAAUUUGCCAUUUACUGGCGAACACAGCCUUGUGACAUUAACCAAGACAAGUUCAUCUGUAAAGAUUGGUUGCAGAGGGCCUAACCUGUGUGAGAGCAGCCCGUGUUCAGAUGGCCUGAUGUGUAUCAACCAGUGGUACACCUAUCAGUGUGUCCCACCUGGUGACUGCGCCUCUAAUCCCUGCCAGAACCAUGGCAGCUGCAUGCCUGACUCAAAUUCAGGGUUCACCUGUAUCUGCUCUGAAUUCUACACUGGCAAGACUUGUGAAACUCUGGUGGCCUGUCUAGGUGUGCAGUGCCCUCAGAGUACUGUUUGCACCACAGCCGACAAUGGUGGCUUUGUCUGCAGCCUAAGUCCCACAGUAGAGGCCAUGGUUCUGCCAAUUUGGGCUGUGCCGGCUAUUGUUGGCAGCUGUGCCACCAUCCUUGCCUUGGUGGUGCUCAGCUUGAUCCUGUGUAACCACUGCAAAGACCGCAACAAGACCAAAGUGCCAAAAGAACCUAAGGAGAAGAAACCUAACGAGAAGAAAAAGAAGAAGAAAAAGAAGAAGGGAAGUGAAAAUGUUGCAUUUGAUGAUCCAGACAACAUCCCACCAUAUGGAGAUGACAUGACGGUACGAAAACAACCCGAAGGAAACCCUAAACCCGACAUUAUUGAGAGGGAGAAUCCAUACUUGAUAUACGAUGAAACAGACAUUCCCCACAACAAUGAGACUGUUCCUAGUGCUCCUUGUGCUCCUUGUAACGGACCAGAAGCAGAUAUUGAGCAUUAUGACAUAGACAAUGCCAGCAGCAUUGCACCGUCAGAUGCAGAUAUCAUCCAACACUACAAGCAGUUCCGCAGCCACACUCCCAAGUUUUCUAUCCAGAGACAUAGCCCGCUCGGCUUUGCUAGACAGUCUCCGUUACCACUUGGAGCAACAAGCUACACUUACCAGCCUCAAUACACACAGGCCCUCAGGUCAACUCCACUAAGCCACUCCCAUUCAGCCUGUCCUACCCCCAACCCUCUCUCCAGACAUUCCCCAGCUCCAUUUACAAAACCGUCUUCCUUCUACCGCAACACUCCCACCAGAGACCUCAACCUGGCUCGCCGUGAAGGCAGCCCACUGGAUAUGCACAAUGACAUGUGCCAACCUCCACCUAUGUUUAACUAUGCCACCCGGCUGGGGAGGCGUAGCAAGAGUCCACAGACAAUGGCUGGCCAUGGCCACACCUCCAGGCCAGGCAGCCGGCUGAAGCAGCCUAUUGAACAGAUCCCACUAGAGACAGGGCCUCCAGUGGGGCUGUCAAUUGAAGAGGUGGAGAGGCUUAACACACCACGUCCACGCAACCCCAGCAUCUGCAGCGCCGACCAUGGCCGCUCCAGCUCAGAGGAGGACUGCCGCAGACCCCUAUCAAGGGUCCGGAACCCAGCUGAUGGUAUUCCAGCUCCAGAGUCCUCAUCUGAGAGUGAUUCACACGACUCCUUCACCUGCUCAGAAAUGGAGUAUGACAGGGAAAAACCUGUCUCCUAUAGCUCCAGAGUUCCAAAGCUGUCACAAGUAAACGAGUCAGAUGCUGAUGAUGAGGACUAUGGCGGGAGGCUCAAGCAGAGGCGGUACUCUAGCCGGCGGGCAGAAGGAGGGCCUGGCAUUGCCCAGACACCUUCCAGUGAGCAGCACUACACCUUAUCCCACAAAUUGGGUCAGCAAGCUGGAGGCUUCAACUGGGACAAUCUUUUGAACUGGGGGCCUGGCUUUGGACAUUAUGUUGACGUGUUUAAGGACUUAGCCUCGCUACCUGAGGAUGCUGCAGCAAAAGACAUUGAAAUGAACAGUGGGGAUGGCUCUGUAACCAUUCUUAAUGAAGGAGAAGCUGAGCAAUAUGUAUGAAACUAUUUAUUACAGUGUUGUAGAUUAUUGUCAUUCUCCAUUUGAAAAAAGGAAGAUUGUAUAUUUUGUGAGUACAUUAAACUUUUUAUUAUUACUCAACAGCAAAAGACGACUUUUAAUGCAGUAAGGCAGAAAACCGGUGAAUGAUUUCACUGUUGCCACCUUGGAAGAGUUUACCAGUCUUUUCUAUGUUUAAACUAUACAAACUGUGCAUUCAUCUCUUUGAGGCCUCAUUACAGUAUAUCUAUCAAUACUGGGUGAGUUUAGGAGUAAAACCCUCCCCUGAAUUAAAUUUGGGAGUUUACAUUAUCCAUCCAUCCAUCCAUUUUCUAACACGCUUAUCCCGAGUGGGGUUGCGAGGGGUGCUGGUGCCUAUCUCCAGCAGUCAUUGGGUGAGAGGCGGGGUACACCCUGGACAGGUCGCCAGUCCAUUGCAGGGAGUUUACAUUAUCUUAAUGACAUUUUUUUGUUCCAUAUUACCAAUAAUGUUUCCCCUCCCAGAAGAAAUCGAGUCAAGAGAUAAGAGACCGGCUUAAUAUUGAUUCCGAGAAAGCCAAUACUGAACGGAAUAAAGGAAUCUUUCUUAAGGGGUGCAUUGUUAGUUUUGUAAAAUUAAGUAGAUGUGUUAGAUCUAGGAUUACCUGAUGCAGAGCUUCUGAAAAAUAAGCACUUAUGAUGUGUUGUUGCCCAAUGAUAUGAUCUCUUUCCGUCCAUCUUUGCCUUACUUUGGAUCCUCCCUUUAGACUGGCUAAACACUUCAAGAGUGAAAGGUAUUAACGUCUGCUGCCUUACAGACAUUUAAGGAUUCUGUUUCAUUGGCCUGAGGAGAUGUUAUCUUUUCGGGAAAAUAGAUUUUGCUAAAAUAUUGCAUUAACACUCUCUGACCAGCCAAUUGUCUCUCUGGCACUUAUGAAAAUGAAAAUGUUGAUCCUGUAAAACAUGACCCUAACUAAAACUCAUUGAACUUAUGUACAUUUCUUAUUAUUUUAUGAAAAUUCACAGUCAUUUGUCACAUCAGUGGUGUCCUUGUCUAUUAUGUUGACAUGUAUGGUUUCAACAUUUUUGUACUGUUUAUUAACUUAAAUUACUUUAGAUGUGUUUUUAUGCAAAUUUUCAUACGCUGAAGUGUUACAUUCUUACUUUCGGGGAAAGUAAGGUUGAUUACUUAUUUUUUACAUUUGUUACAUUACGUAACAUCAGUGUUUUCCACUUUUGAUAAACUAUAACAUGUUGUAUGCUUUGUACCUGUAAAAAGCCAAUAACAGAAUAAAAAUGGUAUUUAUUUAAAA